CAAUAAAGUUGCAGCGGUUUGUAGUUUGCAGCGGACAACAUGGCGGCCUUCAUGCUGGGCUCGCUGCUGCGGACGUUCAAGCAGGUCAGGCCUCUACUUUUAUCCACACCGCUACCCCUCACCGCUGAAUCUCAUAACCCACGGGUCCCCCACGGCUCUGCCACCUGUAGUGCUCGAUGGUUCCUUCAUCAGCUUCAGGCCAAGUUCGAAGUCACUAUGUAGACUGGAGAAUGUGGCGCGAUGUGAAGAGACGAAAAAUGGCCUAUGAAUAUGCAGAUGAGAGGCUACGUAUUAAUUCACUCAGGAAGAAUACCAUUUUGCCAAAAAUUCUUCAGGAUGUGGCUGAUGAAGAAAUUGCUGCCCUCCCCCGGGAUAGCUGUCCUGUUAGAAUCAGAAAUCGGUGUGUUAUGACGUCCCGUCCGCGUGGUGUGAAGCGGCGCUGGAGGCUUAGUCGUAUAGUCUUCCGUCACUUAGCUGACCAUGGGCAACUUUCUGGGAUCCAGCGAGCAACAUGGUAAAUGAGCUCCAGAACCUAUUGAGCUUGCAGGGAAGCCAAGCUUGCAGUUCCAGCAAGCAAAGAUUUUUUUAAUAGACCAAACCCUAAUCUCUACAGGGGCCCAGUACAGUUGUUUGGCCUACCUGAUGCUAUCUCUAAACUACUUUUAAAAUGAAGACAUUUGGGUGUUUCAUGUCAGUGAAUUAUCUUUUGUCUUGGACUUAACAUACUAUUCCCAUACAUAGUGCAAAGAGUAGCAUAAUAAAUAUUUUCUGUGAAUGUUUUUUAUACCCUCCUUUUAAGUUUAAUCUUUUAGUAACAUAUGGGGUUUUUGUAUUAAGAGCAUUAUUUCAUAAAAUGUUAUCUUAUACAUAAUCCAACUAAUUGACAUGUAGCUCAUGUAUGGCAGUUUGUAAUCCUGGACUAGCUUUGCUGACCUGCAGAGCUCCCCUUAACUAUUAUUGUUAGAUAAACAGUAGAUUGGAUAGCAAGGCUGCUGUUCUGGAUUAUCUAAUGCUCCACUUCUUCUUGUGAUGGCUGAACAAAAGAACCACUAAGUGUUUUCUUGUCCAUCCUUAAGGGACUUUAAAACAAAUUAUGCCUCUUUAAGUCCUUGAAAGUCUCCAUCUAAAGAGGAAAAGUUUGUUGGAACAGUAUAUAUUCCCUAUUUUUAUGUUUAUUUAAUCCAUAACAGAAAUGAGUAAGGGUAGCACAAAGUUCUCAUUCAGUAACUCAACAGUGUGAUCAGCCCAGUGAUAAAAAUAUACAUACUGAAUGGAAGUACCUACUUAACAUCAGGAAAAUAUUCCUGGAGAACUUAAUAAAUCAGGAGGUGAGGGGUGAGAUUUUUUUCUGCACACAGAGGGAACAAAAGCACAAAGAAGCAAAGGCACUCUGUAGCAUCAGAGAACCACAGUAGAUCAGAAAUAUGAAGCACAAGACAAGGCCCAUAUUGUGGAGGAUCUCACAAAUCAUGUGAAGGAAUUAAGACUGACAUACCAGGUAUUACAGAGUUUUAAGCACAGGAAUGACAUCAUCAGUUUGUAAUACAGGUAAGUGACAGCUGUGUGGCAGAUGGCCAUGAGAGGAAAAAGCUACAGGCAAGACAACCAGUUAGGAGGAUGUCUUAAUUGUUGAGGAAGAUGAAGGCCUGAACUAACAUUGUGGUAUUAGUAGAGGAGAGAGGACAGAUUUUUAAAGUUUUAGGAAAGAAAAUUGGGCAAGACUUACAAGACUGAUUAUAUCUAAGAGGUAAAGAUGGUUCUCUGGGUUCCUGAUAAAAGUGUCUAGAUAGAUGGUAGAGGGCAAUUCCAAGAGGGCAACUCCAAGAUAGAAAAUUUGGAAAAAGAACAAAUUUAGGGGAAACAGAAGAUAAGCGAGUUCAGGUUCCAGUCAUGCGGUGUUGGAGAUGCCUGUUGUCAUCUGAUGAAGACUAGUACGCAGCUGGAUAGCAGAGUCCGAAACUCAGGUGGAGGUGAAGUUAUGAGGGAAUUAUCACAAUCUAGUUUGGAUUCGUAUUUCUUAAAUAUGUAUGACAACUUACCAACUGGAAUGUUCUAGCUAAUAUCUCAACUUAGAAUCCAUCUCACUACCAAUGGGCAAACACUUGUGUUCUAAAGCUACUUGAAAGUAGUUUAUACUGCCAACUUGAUAUAUAUACAUGCUAUAGUUUGAACAUUUUGUGUACUUCCAAAAUUCACAUUAAAAUCUAAUCCACAA